CUAAUGACGAAAACGUCGCGACGCCGGCGUGUGUUCGCAGCGCCGCGACCUAAAAUUGUUCUCCAAAAAUAUCUCAGACGCCGUGGAGGCGGCAGCCGCAUCACAUCUGUAGGCUAACAAUACUAUAAAUGAAUGAAUAUAAACAUGUAUCUGUUAAAUCUUUUAUCUAUCAUUCUGUUCCAUCAAAUGAUGGAAGUAGAAGCCAUGACCACUAGUAGUUUCCCCAUCGGUGGCUUGUUUAAUAGUGAAUCAAAUGAGAUUUCCAAGAGGGCUUUUGAGAUUAUUACACAAACGAGUGGGGCUAAGGCCAUUUAUGGGCGAACAAUGAGUUCGGUUGCUGAAGAUAGUUAUUCUAUUGCAUUAGACAUGUGUCCCAGGACAUCUGGUAACAAAGGUAUCGUAGCCUUAAUUGAUUCAAGACCCACCAAAGGAAUUUGCGAUACGUCUUGUUUACUAUGCAAUAGAUUAAAUAUUACACAUCUGGCUUUAGGCUGGCAACCGAUUGAAAAGAUAGAACAAAAUCUUUUUACCUUUUCUUAUCAUCCACCACCUGAAAUACUAUCGAAAGCAUACGCGAGACUUAUAAAGGAUUUACAAUGGGACAAAUUUACUAUAUUGUAUGAGGAUGACAGUAGUUUUAUACGUUUACAAGAAAUAGUAAAUACGUGGCCUCAAGAUCGCACUCCAAUAUUGUUUAGAAAAUUAGACCCAGAAGAAGAUAAUAAGGAGACGUUAAAGCACGUGAUAAAAGUGCUUCACAUGAGCUACCACGUUUUGGACUGUAAAGUUGAGAAUGUAAAUAAAUAUAUGGAACAAAUAAUUGAAGUAGAAAAUUCAACAGAAUAUUUGAGUUUCAUAUUAACCAACUUGGACUCGUACAAAAUUAACCUAGCAGAAGUUCCUGAGCUUAGAGCAAAUGUAUCAACAUUUUAUUUGACAACCGCUGGGGAAGAUAGGUGGAGAGAGAUAAAAAUAAAUCCAGACAAAGACCCAACAAAGCUAGAAACAGCGCUUCUUAUCGACGCACUAAGACAUGUAGAAACAGCAAUAAGAAGUAUGCAAGGCGAAGGUGAUAGCGGCAUGAGAUAUUAUUCAGAAGUCCCACUGGAAGACCCACCGGCAAUGUGUUUUAAAGAAAAUAAAGCAGAUUAUACGCCGUGGUCUAUGGGAGAAUCUUUAAGGCAGGCACUUAAGAACACAGUACUUAGAGAAGGUUUCACAGGCAACAUUGAAUUUGACGAUGAAGGAAAACGGACAAACUUUGUUCUACAAUAUUCCAAGUUAAACCAGGACAUGAAUUUUAUAAAUGUCGGCUACUGGGAUUCAAAGACUGACCUCAUAACGAAAGUAAACGAGAAUGUUUCGGAUCGCUCUACCGCGUUGAAAUCCAACGUAAUUAAGAUCGUAACUAGGUACGGUAAACCUUACUAUUACGAUUCUCCGAAUAGUACAGAAGGGUAUCGUGGAUACGCCAUAGAUUUGAUGGACGCUAUUUUCAAAGAGAUAAACCGUAAGAAGGGUCUCAACUUGGAAUACGAGUUUUAUAGAGCGCCUAACGACAAUUAUGGCAAGCAAAUUGAGGGAACUUCCAAGUGGAAUGGAAUUAUUGGCGAGUUAAUGGACCAUAGAGCCCAAUUGGGAAUAUGUGAUAUUACUAUUACAUCAGAAAGAAACGCUGUGGUUGACUUUUCGAUACCCUUUAUGACAUUGGGGAUCAGCAUGUUAUUUAGAGAACCUCCACCAGAAGAUCCCAACAAAUUCUCUUUCAUCAAACCACUAGCGUUGGAUGUGUGGUUGUACCUAGUGACGUUUUAUAUCAUCGUUUCAUUUGUAUUACUUCUGUGUGCCAGAAUGAGUCAAGACGACUGGGUGAACCCUCACCCUUGUAAUCAAGAUCCUAAGAACUUGCAGAAUAUUUGGAGUCUUUAUAACUGUAUGUGGCUCACUAUGGGCUCUAUUAUGACACAGGGAUGCGAUAUAUUGCCUCGUGGAGUGGGUUCUCGCUGGACAUCAGGUGUUUGGUGGUUCUUCGCUAUGAUUAUUACAGCUUCGUACACAGCUAAUAUGUCCACCUUCAUCAGUAACGACCGUAGAAGCAAUGAUAUUACUGACGUGAAGAGUUUGUCUGAGCAGAAUAAAGUCUCAUAUGGCGCUGUCUAUAAUUCUUCUACGUAUUUCUUUUUCAAGAAUUCUAAUGAUUCCGUGUAUCAAAAAAUUUGGUCAGUAAUGAGCUCAGCGAAACCUUCCGUUUUCCUUAACAACAACGAUGAAGGCAAAGAACGUGUAUUACGAAGUAAAACCGGCAACUUUGCAUUUUUCAUGGAGUCCUCAGCUAUCGAAUACUACAUACAGAGAAACUGUGAUUUGAAGAUGGUCGGAUCGAAAUUAGAUUCCAAGGAAUAUGGAAUUGCAAUGCCGAAAAAUUACCCACGUAAAGAAUGGAUCGAUAAUGCGAUUUUAUCUCUACAAGAACUUGGAGUAUUGACAGCUCUGGAGAAGAAGUGGUGGGAAGACGAGGAUAACGAAAAGCGGUGUCAGGACAGGCCCAAAGUGGAGGAUGACGGUGGCUCCUUGCAAAUGAAGAACACCAGUGGUAUUUUCAUGGUGUUGGCUUUGGGCGGUUUCUUGGGUCUCUGCAUUGCGAUCAUUGACUUCUUGCUGCAUGCAAGGCAAAUUGCUGUUAAGGAGAAGGUAACAUUUAAAGAAGCAAUAAAGAGCGAGUGGAAAGCGUCAUGCGACCCACGUGUGCUUCACAAGCCUGUGGCGCCGCCGCGCUCCGCCCCGCCUUCGAGCGGUAGUGGCUCGCCGUCUCCUCUCCGCGAGCGCUCUCAGUCACGAGCGGUGUCAGUUAUUCGGGCGGCAUCGUCGUUUAUUAACUUCGAGGAUACUUAUUAAAGAAAUAAGAAUAAACUGGCUUUAUAGUGGGUAAAAAUAAGUUAAAAAUAGGUAUCGGUAUUUACAACUUUUAGUUAUUUUAUUUUACUUAUUGCGUUGAUUGAAAAGUCAUCGAUUAACAAAAUAGAUAUACUAAAAAUAACAAAAUAAGGAAGCAAAAAGGCGCCCUAAGACAAGCGCGCUACGCUCCGCUUUACAGCGGCAGCCGCUCUCAUCGUCUUUUGACUACG